GUCGCGUCGAACCGCAAGGCGCGCUUCGACUACCACGUCGUGCGCACCAUGGAGGCGGGCAUCGCCCUGACGGGCACGGAGGUCAAGAGCUGCCGCAACAACAACGUGAACCUGCGCGACGGCUUCGCGCGCGUCGAGGGCGGCAGCGUCUGGCUCCACAACGUCGACAUCGCGCCGCACGCGACGACGGCGCGCUACUUCCAGCACGAGGCCAAGGCGAAGCGGCGCCUGCUGCUCCACAAGGCCGAGAUCCGCAAGCUCGACGGCGAGCUCGCGGACCAGGGCUCGACGCUCGUCCCGCUCGCGUUCUACUUCAACGACAAGAACCUCCUCAAGGUCGAGCUCGCCCUCUGCAAGGGCAAGAACGUGCGCGACAAGCGCCAGGACAUCAAGGAGCGCGACGACAAGCGCAUGAUGCAGAGGAUAUCGAAG